AGUUGCUACAAGCUUGUCUCUGAAAAAUUAAAUUCUAAUCGAAAAAAUUUUUUUUGUCCUAUUUAAAGUUCAUCGAAGGGCUGUGUAAGGAAAUCUCCCUACAACCACCCGAAAAAAAAAAUUAAAAAAUUAAGUAAAAAAGACAGAAAUCCACGUGGAUCAAAUUUCUUGAGUGAAAUGCGGUAAGAAAUUGUAUCAUCAAAUGAGUAAAUAAUCGGACAAAAAAAGAUAUCAAAUUCAUUUCAAGAGUAAACAUUGGUCCUACAAGAAGUUUAUUGAUUUUCGUCUAUCGUCUCCUCUCGCUGGCUAGAGGUGUUGUUAGUAAUUGUUCGUUUAAUGUGUUUGUUAUGUGACAAGUGUCUGGACAAACAAUCGUAACGAACGCCAAAAGGUUACUUUCGACAAGGCAAAAAAAAAGAGAGCGGAAGAAGAAAAAAAGGUGAAAAAAGACAAUCACUGUGCUUGUAAGACAAACAAAAGCAAAACGAUGUCGGUCGGAAAAAUGUCAAGCAAAGUUUGGGUGCUCUUCAUUCAAGUAGCUCAUUUGUUCUUGACAUCGGUGUCAGGAUGCCAAUUAUUAGCUACGGGACUCACGCCGCAAGAUCGCCAGGAAAUCCUUCACAUUCACAACAAAUAUCGUGCUGCUGUCGCUCUUGGUAAAAUCCCGAAUCAGCCGCCAGCUCGGAACAUGCAAAUGCUUCAAUGGGAUCGCGAAUUGGAAGAAGUCGCUCAAACGUGGGCGAACAAUUGUCAGUAUAAGCAUAACAAAGGUCGUCAUAUUUACGAUCGCUUUUACGUUGGAGAAAAUAUCGCGACCACUUGGAGUAGCAUACCGCUGGAUGAUGAACCUUAUGUGGAUCUCAUCAAGCGCGGAUGGUUCGAUGAAUAUAAAAUUUAUAAAUUUGGACAGAUAAUUACUCCGAAAGUCGGGCAUUAUACGCAAUGGGUGUGGGCUGACACGAAUCGCAUUGGAUGUGGCGCCUCGUACUAUUACGAAGAACGAACUCGGAGAUAUACAAAGUUCUUUGUGUGUGAUUAUGGACCAUCGGGAAAUAUCCAAGGAGAAAAGCCCUAUGUCACAGGAAAGCCUUCAUGCAACAUGUGGGGAAUGAAAUACUCGAAAAAGUACUCCGGAUUAUGCUAUUAGUAGUAAACAUAUGGAACGUAGUUGUUAUGAAAGAGCAUCACACCAAAAGAAUUUAAACACAAAAAAAUAAUCAA